AUGCUCUCCAACAUCUUCACCACCGGCGCUCUUGUCGCCCUUCUCGCCGGCUCCCAGCUGGCCUCGGCCCACAUGGAGAUCCGCUACCCUCCGCCGUUCCGCUCCAAGUUCAACAAGUUCGCCACGGACAUCGACUACACAAACACCGCUCCCCUCGCCGCCGACGGCUCCAACUACCCCUGCAAGGGCUACCAUGUCGACAUGGGCACUGCUGCUGGCGAGGUCGUCGACACUUGGGCCCCUGGUGCCCGCGUCAACUUCACCGUCGAGGGCUCUGCUCCCCAUGGCGGCGGCUCGUGCCAGGUCAGCUUGAGCUACGACGGCGGCAAGACCUUCACUGUCAUCCACUCCAUCAUCGGCGACUGCCCCAACUCCAAGUUCUACGAGUACAACAUCCCUGACGAUGCUCCCGAGGGUGUCGCCAUCUGGGCCUGGACCUGGAACAACCAGAUCGGCAACCGCGAGCAGUAUAUGAACUGCGCUGCCGUCCGCAUCAGCCGCAGCGCCGCCAAGCGCGAUGUCCCUGUCGUCGCCAAGUCGGUCGAGGAGCAGCCCAAGAAGGAGGCCAAGCGGGCUUCGGUCCCCUUCUCCUCCCGUCCUCCCGUCUUCAUCGCUAACAUCGGCAACGGCUGCGUCGUCCCCGAGGGUAUCGACGUCGAGUAUCCCAACCCCGGCCCGGACGUCGUCGUCAACCCCGGCCACCUCGGCAAGCCCCAGGGCAACUGCGGCGCUCCUGCUGCCGCCCCGGCUCCCAUCCCGGACCCGACCCCGGCCCCGGCCCCGACCCCGACCCCGACUGGCCUGCCUGGCGGCGUCUUCGUGACUGUCUCCCCCAGCUCCUCCAGCCAAGUCGUUGAGCAGCCCGUGACCACCUCCGUCGUCGAGAACAACACCCCUACCCCGGCCCCGACUACCCUGAUCACCACCACUGCUGUCCCGACCCCGACCCCGGCCCCGACCGAGAUCGCUACCCCUGCCCCUACCCCCGGCUCUGGCUCCGGCUCCGGCUCCGGCUCUGGCAACACCAACGGCGGGUCGGGCUCUGCCUACGCCGUCGGUGCGGCCUGCACCAACGAGGGCGCCUGGAACUGCGUUAACGGCGGCACGGCCUUCCAGCGCUGCGCUUCGGGCCGCUGGUCCGCAGUCAUCAGCAUGGCGGCUGGUACGAAGUGCGUUGCGGGAGAGAGCAGCGCUCUUGCUUUCUCUGUGAAGAGGGAUGGUGAGAAGGUUAAGCCUAGGUUCAGGGGUGGUGCUAAGAUGAUUCUGGCUUAA